ACGUGACCUGAGGAAUGUUAACAAUGCAGCGAGUGUCCAACUUUGUGCUGCAUUUCUGCUCCUGCCUGCAGUCCGCGGAGAAAAUGGAGGCUCAUUUCAACAUAUUUACCCUCUUUCUCCGUCUCUUCUAAGCUCUACGCUCCUUCCUCCGCGCUCACAAACCGAGAGACGGACUUUUAAAAGUCGUCGUUUGACGGAUUUACCCUCCAAUCUGAGUUAUUCUCGCCGCUUCCAUCACAUGGAGGCGACUGGCAGCAUCAUGGUUUGGCUCCACAGUGCCCUCGUGACCGGCUGCAUUUCCUGGAAUAAGCUGGAACCUGAGCCUUGAAAGCCACACCAUGGAAUGCCUGUAGUACCACACCUCACCUCCAUCCAGCCCGCCAGCAUCUGCAGGAACCAGAGACACAAAGAGAGAGACACAAACAAAUCAGGGACACAGAGGAGGACUCACAAAUCUGUGCCUCCUGCAGACUCUUUACUAUUUAGGUCAGUUAGCUUCGGAGAAAUCUUUUGGAGUGUGUCAGGGAGUGAGUGCCAGUGUGUGUGUGUGUGUUUCCCUUUUAGAGUAGGUGCCUGCCCUGGGCACUAAGGCCAUGAGGCCCAAGACUUUCCCAGCUGCCCCGUAUGUGGGCAACACACGCCAGAGGCUCCAGGAGAUCAAGGAGGGUCUGAAGCAGCCAGCCAAGCUGGUGAGCCAGGCGCUGCACGGGGGCAGCUCGCGGUCAGACGGCGGCCGGGGAGCCGACUGCAAGAGCGGGAAGGACACGGCCAGCAGGCAGCAGCAGCUCCGACCCCCGCAGAAGUUCAACAACUACCAGAAUGCUUUGCGGGAGAUCCGCAAGUCCCUCAUGCCCUUUGCCAACGAGUCGGGCCCAUCGUCCGGGUCCGGACACCCUGCAGGCGCCGGCGAGGUCAACAGGCAGAUGCUGCAGGAGCUGGUCAACGCCGGCUGUGACCAGGAGAUGGCUGUGCGAGCGCUGAAGCAGACAGGAAGUAGGAAUAUCGAAGCGGCCUUGGAGUACAUCAGCAAAAUGGGUUACCUUGACCCUCGCAAUGAGCUCAUCGUCCGUGUCAUCAAGCAGACUUCACCUGGAAAAGCCGGCAUGCCAAACUCGAUGGACCACCGACCUGCUUUAGAGGCUCCAGGUGAGGCGGGCAGCAUGCCUCCGUACCACCAGAUGGGGGCUCCGAUGUAUGAGGGGGGCGGUGGAUACGGCCCUGAAGGCGAGAUGCCCCGACCCUACAUGAGUGCCCCUCCUGUAAUGAACUACAUGAUGCCUGCGGCACAGGGCCCCGCUAUGGGAAACCCAAUGGGUCGACCUCCCAGUAUGGGCAACUAUCCGCCUGUAAUGGCGAACCAGAACAACCCGGCCAACACCAUGUACACUCCGGGGGCGCAGCAGAAGGGCUACCCUGGCAGUAUGGAGCAGCACGGGCCCAUGAUGAGCUACAACGUCCCCGGUCAGCCACUUCAGCUCCAGCCUCAGCCACCAGGGGGCCCCGGACCCCAUUAUGACUACGGCCACACAAGGCCGCACAUGAUGGAGACCGCAGGCUACGGAGUCAAGAGGACCGCCUCCUUCCAGAACAAGAUGGCCCCGCCUCCCAUGGUGCAGCAGGACAACUACGUCAACAUGCAGGGGAAAGGGGCCAUGGGCCAGAACGGUCCUGGCGGGGGAGGGGGAGGGUAUCCGGCAAACCUGUACCUGCCCCCUCAUUCUCACCCACGCCAGGCCAGCCCCACCUCUCACCAGGUCCACAUGAUGUCCCGUUCCCCUGGAGGGGUGGCAGCAAUCGGCCCCGACUUCUCCGACAUGCCGCAGGGCUUGAUGACGCCAUCCAGGGCCAGCCUGAACCUGGACCUGUACGAGCACCACUGGGCGGGGCCUCCUGGUCCUGAAGGUGCCCCACAAGCCAGACAACCGCAGCCCCAGGGUCCAUUCAGGGGGGAGGUGCGUGUCCCCAGCAGAACCAAUUCCUUCAACAGUCGCUCUGCGGGGCCAAACGGCGUCCGGCCUGCGAUGGCUGCACCCCAAACAGGUGGGAAACAGGACCCGAAUUUGGGUCCUCCGAACACCAUCACAGCCGUAACGUCUCCGCCGAUCCAACAGCCGGUGAAGAGCAUCCGCGUGAUGAGACCAGAACCUAAGACGGCGGUGGGACCGUGUCACCCCAGCUGGAUGACGGCUCAGGCUCCUGAAAGCAGCGAACCUCUGGCCUACAUGCCUGAGGAGACCUACUCCCUGGAGCCUGCUCAGGAGCCACGCUGCCCGCCGCCACCGUACCCCAAAAGCCUGCUCAUGUCUGGGGCAGAGGAAGGAGUCAUGUGUGGAGCUCAGGACCUCGGCACCCCCGUGGCCAGGAGCACGCACAGCAGCGGAGGGAGCGGAAAGGGUGAGGAGAGCCAGCAGGUGAAGGAGAAGACGAAGAUGAGCAAAGGAGAGAAAACGGUGAAAGACAAGAAGCAGAUUCAGACAUCGCCUGUUCCAGUGAGGAAGAACGGACGAGAUGAGGAGAAGAGAGAGUCGCGCAUCAAAACCUACUCGCCGUUCGCUUUCAAGUUCUACAUGGAGCAGCACAUUGAGAACGUGAUGAAAACGCACCAGCAGAAACUGAACCGCCGGCUGCAGCUGGAGCAAGAGAUGUCCAAGGCCGGUCUGUCUGAGGCGGAACAGAAGCAGAUGAGGAAGAUGCUGAACCAGAAGGAGUCCAACUACAACAGGCUACGCCGAGCCAAAAUGGACAAGUCCAUGUUCAUCAAAAUCAAGACUCUGGGUAUCGGUGCCUUUGGUGAAGUUUGUCUCACACGUAAAGUGGACACGGGUGCACUUUACGCCAUGAAAACACUGCGCAAGAAAGACGUCCUGAACCGCAACCAGGUGGCUCAUGUGAAGGCAGAGCGUGACAUCCUGGCGGAGGCAGACAAUGAGUGGGUGGUGCGUCUCUACUACUCCUUCCAGGACCGCGACAGCCUCUACUUCGUCAUGGACUACAUCCCUGGAGGAGACAUGAUGAGCCUGCUCAUCCGGAUGGGCGUCUUCCCCGAACCUCUGGCACGCUUCUACGUGGCGGAGCUGACGCUGGCCAUCGAGAGUGUCCACAAGAUGGGUUUCAUCCACCGCGACAUCAAGCCCGACAACAUCCUCAUCGACCUAGACGGACACAUCAAGCUGACAGACUUCGGCCUCUGCACGGGUUUCCGCUGGACGCACAACUCCAAGUACUACCAGAAAGGAAGCCAUGUCAGACAGGACAGCAUGGAGCCCAGUGACUUCUGGGACGACGUGUCCAACUGUCGCUGUGGGGACCGGCUGAUGACGCUGGAGCAGCGCGCCAACCGGCAGCACCAGCGUUGCCUGGCUCACUCCCUGGUGGGAACACCCAACUACAUCGCACCCGAGGUGCUGCUGCGCAAAGGUUACACUCAGCUGUGUGACUGGUGGAGUGUGGGAGUGAUCCUGUUUGAGAUGCUGGUGGGACAGCCACCCUUCCUCGCCCCGACACCCACCGAGACUCAGAUUAAGGUCAUUAACUGGGAGAGCACGCUGCAGGUGCCCGCUCAGGUCAAACUGAGCCCUGAGUCCGUCGACAUCAUUGGUCGUCUCUGCUGCUCUGCUGAAGAUCGUCUGGGUGCCAAUGGUGCAGGCGAGAUCAAAACUCAUCCCUUCUUCACCCCGACAGACUUUUCCAGCAACCUGCGGCAGCAACCGGCCCCGUACCGGCCAAAGAUUGCCCACCCGAUGGACACGUCCAACUUUGACCCCGUGGAGGAGGAGGGCGGUCCCGGGGCGUGGAGCGAUAGCGGGGACAGCACCCGGGCCUUGGACACACUCUGCUCCCCGCACGGGAAGCACCCGGAGCACGCCUUCUACGAGUUCACCUUCCGCAGGUUCUUCGACGACAACGGCUGCCCCUUCCGCUACCCAAAACCGCUUGAGGCAAGCGAGAUGGCGCCCAGCAUGGGCCCGGAAGAGGAGGAGGAACAGGAAGAAGAGGAGGAGGAUGAGGACGAUGAAGAGGAGGAGGGAGAGCAGGGGGAGGGAUGUGAGCCUGUGUACGUGUAGAGCUGCAGGCUUCCUGAGUGGCGUGCGUCUAUUACUGCAUAAUAACGCAGUUUAUGACCCUGCCGCCCACUACUGCUCUUCUUUGUUUGUGUGUGUGUAGAGGUGUGUGUUCUGCACAGGUGUGUGUGUGCAUAUCUGACAUGUGUGACUGAUGCAGAAAGCAGGACUGAUGAACAUUGCCACCUUGUGGAAUCAAUAGUGCGUCCACAAAUACAAAACUCCCCUGAAACGGGACCAAGAAACUGAAUUCUGCACGUGACUGACUGCAGCAAGGGUGAAGAGGUUGAAUAUUUUCAGGAAUGUACGGAUGUCUGGAUCACAGAUCUCUGCUUCUGGUUCGUCCAGCGGUUUCUUGUCCCAUUCCUUCCACCCUUGUGUCUUACGGACGACUGAAAUAACCCUCUGCGGUGAUCUCCUGACACAGGAGCGACUUCCUGUUCUACCUGAGCUGCUUUACACUUGAGUAUCGGACACGGCAAUGUGAAGAGUGGAAACAGUGUACUCGUUGAUCACAGGGGGGACGGGGAGGGGAGGUGGGGGGGGGACCGAAUAACAACACGCCUCUUUCACAGCUGCUGCAAAAUAAGCUACAAAGACACAUUGCAUGCACGUGCACACACUCACAUAUUCAGUACAGCUCAGACGUAAAGGGUUAAGAAAAGGUCUGUGCAGUUAGAUAUAUUCAUAUUGAAUGGCUCAAACUAGAUGGAUGAACAACUUCUCCAGAUUCUCAGAUCAAAUUAACCAAACAAAAUGUUUUUGGUUGCUCCAUCUUUCUUAUAAAGCCACAGCUGCCUCAUUAUGUGUCAACUUUAGUUCAGUGCAGUGCUUUGUCCUUAAAGAUUUUUUGAAUUGGGGUUGUAUGAGGUACUUAUACAUUUACAGUAUGUUAUAUAGUAGGUGGCGGAAGGCACAACCUCAGUUUGGAGAAAUUAGUAGCAGUACAGGUAUGGAUAGUAAGCAUGUACUGCUGUGGACGGGGGCAGCAGCAAAACAUAUUUUAGCCUCCUAAAUAAAAUCUAUUUAAGUUUAAGUGUACGUUAUAUUUAGAAUAUUUUCACCACUUUACCCUGCUGUCAAACAUCUCUUUCCAAUGUGGUAAGUGAGGCCCUUAAAUUCAUGUUUGUUAAAACCACCAGACAUCUUUCACAAAAACAGUAAUUUUACCUCUCAGAACAGAGAAGUUGCUGGUUUACCGCUGCCUCGAACAGUUAGCUUGUUUGUGUUAUUGUGUGACUUUUGUGUUUUAAAGUGCUAGUUUGGAUUCACCAAAGUCGCACAAUAACACAAACAAUUUAACCAGUUGAGGCCGUGGUAGACCUGCAACUCCUGUGUUCUGUGAGGUAAAAUUACUGUAUUUGUCAAUGUAGUCUGGUAGCUUUGAAGUUGCUUCAGUUCUCUCCAUAUAUGCUGAAACAGAGCUGUCUGAUGGCAAGGUAGCUGUGAAAAUGUCCCAAAUAACUGGUUCUCAACUAGGGGCCCAGGGAGAGGGAGGUCCCCAGAGAAUUGUGAAAAGUUUUUUUAACUAUUUAAUUCACCAUAAAGGUCAGACCAAUGUGAGUAAGAGUGACUACUCAGAUCAUAGGUUUCACUUCCUCCAGUUAUCUACUCAUUUGUAGUUGAAAAGUCACUAAUUCUGGUCUUAAUCAUAUAUAACAUUAAACAUCUUUUCACAUGAAGGUCCCUGAAGUAAAUUCGUGUGGCUCUGUGACCUAAUGUAUUUAUUUUUAUUCAGUUUAGCAGUUGAGAACCACUGCUCUUAAUUUUGUGUUGUUAUUUUCUCUGUGGCUAAAAUACAUUUUGCUGUUGCUCUCUUCCACAGCAAGACAUGGCUUAGCUUCCCUGCCAGUUGUCUGUCUGCUUCUCCAAACUGUGGGUGUGCCAACCACCAUCUACUCUAGAUAAUACACUGACUAUGAAUAAAUACCUCCUAAAAACCUCCAAAAAAAUCCAAACUUUUCCUUUAAGAUGAAGCCUUAACCCUUCUUCCCUUAGAGGUUGCUGUUACAGUUAUUCUUCUGUUAAUACAAUCCUUCCUGUUACUGAUCCUUUAUUCCAACAGACCAUUUCAAAGCUCACCUCCAAAUCUUAACCUACACAAAGAGCACGUGUAGAGUUCAGAUGGGGCUUUUAAAAAAACAAGCCCAAUCAAAGACUGAACCACUGAAACGUUUAUUGAGCCUGACAGUGAGUGAAUUUCCGUUCAUAAAUUACUGGUUGAAAUUAUACUUCUUGUUUACUUUGGGGCAGAAAACAAACAGUUUCUGGUGCUUAGUUUUAAGGAAAGAACUGAUAAAAGAAUGAAAUGUUAUUUAAAGACAGAAAUCAGCCACAGAUUGACUGAGAAUCAAAGCUCUCACACACACAUAUAUAAACACACGUUUACCAAGAUGCACAACUUUACAGCUAUUUUGCAAAGAUGAGUUGCAUUGUAACUUAACCAGCCUCCUUUUUUUAACCUCCGGAGGCAGUCAUGAAAACACGAAGCGACAUGUUCUUACAACAGCAAAACAUGUGAUAGUAUGACUAUGUGCAAUACAAAAAAAAUACAUUAUAGUUUUCUAAACACUUAAUAUCCUUUUUUUUUGAUCGUUUCAGUACUGAAAUGUACAAAUAUAUUGGUUUAUAUAUAUAUAUUUUCUCUUUCAGUUACAACAUGCUGCUUAUUAUUGUGGUUAAUAUUAUUUACAUUAUUAUUAUAAUUGUUAUUACAUGUGUUUUUUUCUUUUGUUGUGGCUUAAAGAAGUGUUGCCAGGUGUGCUUGGGUUCUGAAAGUAAUGAGCCGCGUGCCUUUCUAGAUGAAUGUUGUGGAGUGUGUGUCACCGCUCGAUGACGACCGUGAUGAUGAUGAUGAUGAUGACGAUGAUCAGUGUUUGCAGAACAUCGAUGGCGGACUCUUCGCCCUCUUGCAGCCGGGCGGGUCCUGACUGCAGGAGAGGAGGGUCCGGAAAGAUAAAGAGGAGAUAAAAGUUAGAGGAAGAGGAGGAGUGAGGCAGGUUGGCUUCAGGAAAUGUAAAAUGAAUAGCUUUCUGUUUUUACAAAACCGCAAACUUCAACAAAGAGUUAAUGUUUGGUACAUUUUCUUUAUUUAUCCAAAAUGACCACAAGUUUGAGUGUUUGUUUAACUUUUAUUACAGAUCUGUGCCAUGUUCUGUAUCAACACUAUCAUCCAGUACUUUUCUUGCUUUUUGACAAUCAGUAACUGCGCUCUGUGUGUGUGUGUGUGUGUGUGUGUGUGUGUGUGUGUGUG